CUGUUUCCACCGCUGGCCGCGUGCUGCCUCCGCAGCCCUGGCGGGGCUCGCAUCCCUGUUCCGUGCGUGUGAUCGUGGUGCGUGUGAGUGUGUCGUGUACGCGCUCCUGUGUGCGCGCGGAGGAACUGUGCACGCGGGAGUGCGGGGGAGUGUGUUUGUGUGCGUGUGGGUGUGAGUGCCUGUCACACACACACACACACACACACACACACACACACACACACACACACACACACACACUGACUGGCUCCUCUGAACUUGAAGACACCCCACAUUCCAAGAUGCCCGGGGUUCUUGGGGAUGCCCACAGUUCUUCGAUUUGGAAAAGCCUACCGGCAUCUUCCUAGGAAAGGAUCAUCUUUUUCCUUUUCCUUUUUUUUUUUUUUUUCUUUCUGCCUUAUUUAUUUUUUUUAUUCCGAAGAGAAAAAGAACAAGCUGUGCCUUUUCCUCCCUUACUAAAUGCCAUGGAUAUAACUGAAUAAGCCGCUCAGGGUUUUCUCAGCGUGGACAUCCGAGGCCACCAUCUGCCUGCGUUCCCUGCCCGCCAGGAGCCAGAGAGCUUAGCUCCAGCCUGGGGAAGGAUGCGUGGCCAGACCGGGGAGCCCGGGCGCCCCGCGGAGCUGGCCUCCGUAGUACCUGCCAACCAGGGAUAGAUGCUGCCUCGCCCAGAAAGGAAGGCAGAGGAGCCUGUGAACACAGUUGCCGAUAGGUUGGUGAACUUGGAGAAGAAGAGGCGCUGCUGCCUGAGUGACCAGACCAUGGAGACCCUGCUUGGUGGCCUGCUGGCGUUUGGCAUGGCUUUUGCUGUAGUUGACGCUUGCCCCAAGUACUGUGUCUGCCAGAACCUGUCUGAGUCACUGGGGACCCUGUGCCCCUCCAAGGGGCUGCUCUUUGUGCCCCCCGACAUUGACCGGCGAACAGUGGAGCUGCGCCUGGGCGGCAACUUCAUCAUCCACAUUGGCCGCCAGGACUUUGCCAACAUGACAGGACUGGUGGACCUGACCCUGUCCAGGAACACCAUCAGCCACAUACAACCCUUCUCCUUUCUGGACCUCGAGAGCCUCCGCUCCCUGCACCUCGACAGCAACCGGCUGCCCAGCCUAGGGGAGGACACCCUCCGGGGCCUGGUCAACCUGCAGCACCUCAUUGUCAACAACAACCAGCUGGGUGGCAUUGCAGAUGAGGCCUUUGAGGACUUCCUGCUGACGCUGGAAGACCUAGACCUCUCCUACAACAACCUGCAUGGCCUGCCCUGGGGUUCUGUGCGUCGCAUGGUCAACCUACACCAGCUCAGCCUGGACCACAACCUGCUGGACCACAUUGCUGAAGGCACCUUCGCCGACCUGCAGAAACUGGCCCGCCUCGACCUCACUUCUAACCGGCUGCAGAAACUGCCCCCGGACCCCAUUUUUGCCCGUUCCCAGGCCUCAGCUCUGACAGCCACCCCCUUCGCCCCACCUUUGUCCUUUAGUUUCGGGGGCAACCCGCUGCACUGCAAUUGCGAGCUUCUCUGGCUGCGGAGGCUGGAGAGGGACGAUGACCUGGAGACCUGCGGCUCCCCAGGGGGGUUGAAGGGCCGCUACUUCUGGCACGUGCGGGAAGAGGAGUUUGUGUGUGAGCCACCCCUCAUCACCCAGCACACACACAAGCUGCUGGUGCUGGAGGGUCAGGCAGCCACACUGAAAUGCAAGGCUAUCGGGGACCCCAGCCCGCUCAUCCACUGGGUGGCUCCAGAUGACCGCCUGAUGGGGAACUCCUCCAGGACCGCCGUGUAUGACAAUGGCACCCUGGACAUUCUCAUCACCACGUCUCAGGACAACGGCGCCUUCACUUGCAUCGCCGCCAAUGCUGCUGGGGAGGCCACAGCCACUGUGGAGGUCUCCAUCGUCCAGCUGCCCCACCUCAGCAACAGCACUAACCGCUCAGCGCCCCCCAAGUCCCGCCUCUCGGACAUCACGGGCUCCAGCAAGAUUGGCCGGGCAGGUGGCGCCAGCGGGGGAGGAGAGCCCCCCAAACCCCCUCCAGAGCGGGCUGUGCUGGUGUCAGAUGUGACCACCACCUCAGCCCUGGUCAAGUGGUCGGUCAGCAAGUCAGCGCCUCGGGUGAAGAUGUACCAGUUACAGUACAACUGCUCUGACGAUGAGGUACUGAUUUACAGGAUGAUUCCAGCUUCCAACAAGGCCUUCGUGGUCACCAACCUGGUAUCAGGGACUGGCUAUGACCUCUGCGUGCUGGCUAUGUGGGAUGACACUGCCACGACACUCACAGCCACCAACAUCGUGGGUUGUGCCCAGUUCUUCACCAAGGCUGACUACCCACAGUGCCAGUCGAUGCACAGCCAGAUCCUUGGAGGCACAAUGAUCCUGGUCAUCGGUGGCAUCAUCGUGGCAACACUGCUGGUCUUCAUCGUCAUCCUUAUGGUACGCUACAAGGUCUGCAACCACGAGGAACCGGCGAAGAUGACGGUGGCCGCAGUCAGCAACGUGCACUCACAGACCAAUGGGUCCCAGCCUCCUGCUCCCACCCUGGGGAGUGUGCCUAGCAUGGCGGCCAUGCCGGGGCCACCCAAGGUGGUGGUGCGCAAUGAGCUCAUGGAGUUCAGUGCCAGCCUGGCCCAAGGCAGUGACUCCUCUUCUUCCAGCUCCCUGGGCAGCGGAGAGGCUGCUGGGCUGGCCCGGGGCCCCUGGAGGCUCCCACCCCCUGCUUCCCGCCCCAAGCCAAACCUUGACCGAUUGAUGGGAGCUUUUGCCUCCCUGGACCUCAAGAGUCAGAGAAAAGAGGAGCUGCUGGACUCUAGGACUCCAGGCGGGAGAGGGUCUGGGACAUCAGUCAGGGGCCACCACUCUGACCGAGAGCCUUUGCUGGGACCCCCUGCGGCCCGCACCAGGAGCCUACUCCCCUUGCCCCUGGAGGGCAAGGCCAAACGUAGCCACUCUUUUGACAUGGGAGACUUUGCAGCUGCAGCAGCUGGAGGGGGGGCCCCAGGUGGCUAUAGUCCUCCUCGGAGGGUCUCUAACAUCUGGACAAAGCGCAGUCUCUCAGUCAAUGGCAUGCUUUUGCCCUUUGAGGAGAGUGACUUGGUGGGGGCACGGGGGACUUUCGGCAGCUCGGAGUGGGUGAUGGAGAGCACGGUGUAGACUUGGGGAGGGGGAGGAGGGGGACCCUCUCUCCCACCCUUGCAGAGUGGAAGAACAAGAAGUAGGAAAAAAUCCUUACUGGCAAGUCUUUGUGGAGUUUCCAUGGUGAUGUUUACAUCCAGGGACAGUUCUGUCUCCCCUAUCAACGGUUUCCCUCUCCCCUCACCCAAUGCCACCCACACCACCUUCCCAGGCCUGUCCCCCUUCACCCAUCGGGGUGUGCUCAGGGAAAGCGGACUUGAUCGCUCAAAUGUUGGACUGAGCCCAGAGUGUUUGGAAAGGCAGAUGCCUCCUGCCUUUCUAAUCACAAAUGUAGCGUGUAAGCAAGUGGCUUUGGAUUGCUUCUGGUUCCACUGUUGUUUUUAUUCUCUAAUUUAUUGUGUCCACUUCUCAAACUCCUCCUUUUCAUUCACACAGAUAAAGGGGAGCUUAUUCUACCAUGUGAAAGUGUGCUCCCAGCUGUCCUGAUCAUGGGUGGGUGAUCCUGGCCACCUGACAAGGGAAUUUUUCCAGUCCCAUAUUUGCUAGGGGGAAGACUGAGGAGUCCCCUGU